GAUAAAAGAAAUAAAAAAGAAGAAGAUGAAGUAUGUAUCCCUAAUUCUUUGUUUCUCUCUCUAGAUUCAUCCAUUCCACCUUUCCAUCUAAAAAGUUAACGAAUUAUCCCACUUAAUUUUCCCCCAAUUUGAUUGACGUUACAGAUAAAGAAGAUUGCGGGUAAAUUAAACUUCUUUUAACGAGAUCGGAAAGUCGGAUCCUCCCAAAAUCUAAAGGGGAGAGAGAAGAAAAGAGUGGUUGAUUAUUAUAAGAAGAGAAUUGGAAGGAUGAGUCAGGUAUUUGAAGGGUACGAACGUCAAUAUUGUGAAAUUUCGGCGAAUUUGACUCGGAAAUGUGCCUCUACUGGUCUUCUCAAUGGAGAGCAGAAGAAGCAGAAAAUAUCUGAAAUCAAAAGUGGGCUUGAUGAAGCAGAAGCAUUGAUCCGGAAAAUGGACCUCGAGGCAAGAACUUUACAGCCGAACACGAAGGCUAUGGUCCUUGCCAAGCUUAGAGAGUAUAAGAAUGACCUCAACAACCUGAAAUCCGAGGUCAAGAGACUCUCUUCUACUGAUAGCCAAGCUGCUCGAGAUGCAUUGCUGGAAUCUGGUAUGGCAGAUGCACUGAUGGCUUCUGCUGAUCAAAGAGGACGGUUGUUGAUGUCUACAGAGAGAUUGAAUCAGUCCUCUGACAGGGUUAGGCAGAGCAGAAUGACAAUGCAGGAAACUGAAGCUAUUGGGGUCUCUAUACUUGAAGAUUUGCAUCAGCAACGCCAAUCACUUUUGCAUGCUCAUAAUACACUUCAUGGGGUUGAUGAGAAUGUUGGCAGAAGCAAGAAAAUUCUGACUUCAAUGUCAAGGAGAAUGAACCGUAACAAAUGGAUUAUUGGUUCUAUCAUAGCUGUACUGGUGCUUGCAGUUAUUUUGAUCCUUUACUUCAAGUUGCGCCAUUAGUUUGUCAACUCUGUCAAAAAUAUAAAGAACUCGGGCAACUUGUCCUGCUGGUGGUUCGAUGUCCAUGAUCUUUUGGUGUGAUUAAUCAUUGUUGCUAAGUUACUUUGUUCAUCAAUUAAUAUUUCUUUCUUAUGCCACUUCACAUUCUUUGGCCAAGUUUUAGAUAGCCUGGUGUGUCAAGGUUUGCCCUUAAAUGAGUUAAAUCUCAUGUCUGUCAGUACCGAAUUACUUGUGUAAAUGUUUGCACUUGAAUCUCAAUGUUUUUGGGUGAUUUAACUACUGUUGUUUUCACAA